AUGGAGACUGAAUCAACCCUAACUGCCCUGAAAGCACUAAGGUAACUGGCUACAAACAACGGGGUAGGAAACACAAACACCCCGCCUCUUUACUUUAAAAGCUCAUCCUUCCUGGGUUCACUACAUUUACGGACAUUGCAGAGCUCCAGUCAUACUCACAACCAUGAACUUUACUCUGAUAACAGCUUUUAGUCUCUGCAGCCUCUGCUGGUUCUCUGUCUCAGGUUCUCAGUUUAAGAGUAUGAAGAUCCAGUCGGGUCAAGACGUCACACUCACAUGCUCCAGUAUCGACAACUAUGAUACUUUGAUAAUGUGGUUCAGAGUGGUUGACCGAACCUCAUUCAGUUAUAUCUAUACUGUGUAUCCAUCUGGCCAAGUUGCUACAAAAAAUGAUCAAUUCCCAUAUGGAAAAUAUGACACAAGCUCCAGCAACUCCUCCGUCUCUCUCACAAUCAAGUCAGUGGAUUCAUCAGACUCUGGGUUGUAUGUCUGUGGAAUUAUCAGAGCUCAAAAUCUCCGUUUAAGUGGGACACAUGUAAUGAUUGAUGGCACUGAUGAGUCUGAUGGUAACAUGGACAGCAAACAUAAAAGUGCUGACCAGCCUGAUGGCAACAUGGACAGCAAAUGUAAACAGUCUGAUGAAAUGGUAAAGCUGGUGAGUGUGGCCCUGGGUGGACUGACUGUUGUCCUUGUAAUGGUCAUCAUUGGUCUGGUUAUUCAAAACUUGAAGCUUAAAAAAGCCCAAGAAGAACAGAAUCCAGUGCAAAGUCAGAAACGUGGCCCUGAUGACCUGAACUACGCUGCAGUGACUUUUCAAAAGAGAGAAAAAAGAAGACAGCCAGAGCCAAAUGUUGUUUAUGCUGCUACUAGAUAGACUCAGGAGAAUGUGAAAAGUAUGCUGUAUGAUGUUAAUAUUUUCUGUGGCUUUUUAUGGCUUUUUGA